CCCAGCCGCAAAAUCGGGUUUUCGCCGCGAUUUUCGACCAAGCGAAAAUAAAAAUUAUGCCAUUUGUAUGGGGCGAACACACACACACGAAUUAUGGUUGUUGAUUAUGGGUGGGAAGAUUAUGGUUAUGACUUCUGUUUCACUCUCGCUCACAGGCGAUGAUGUUCCGUCGCUUUCUCACCAAGUUAUUGGCGCAAAUCUGUGGUUGUUGCUGCUCUUUCUCGCACGUGAGGGAGUUUUCUUUGUCCUUUUUUCCCGUGUGUGACAUUGGCUGCGAAUCCUCUUGAUGCGUUAAAGGAAGUUAAGUUAGUUAAAGGGUAAAUUGUUAGAAGCAAUGGCCCUGGCACACCAAAUGAUGUACCAAUUCGUGCACGUUUAUGUGCCACACUGCACCUAAAGCGUUUUGUGACUAGCAUAACUACAAACACAGUAUUAUGAUGUUUGUAGAUUUGGGACAUAUUUUGGUAAACUUUUUAUGCGGUCGAGCAACAAUUAAAUUCCGCAUAUUGUAUACCCUUUAAACCAAACGGCAAUCUGCUGCAAUCUUUUCAUCGUCACUCUGGUGCUCUCUUCAACCAGCGCCCGACUCAUUGAACGCAUGCUGUGAACGCAUGAGACCGGUUCCUACGAGACCGGACGAGAUCGAUUCUUAUCCGGACCAUUCCCCAGAUAGCAAGAACCGACUAUCCGAUAGCGUGAUUUUAGUAAGGUUAAGAAGUCGUUUCAGCCCUGUCUACAGCAUUGUUCGUUAUGUCAAAGAAGAAGAAGAAAAUGUGUACGGGAGGCUAUGAGCUUGCAAUGCCACACGCGGCCUCGGUACGUGGAGAUGGCGAAAUCACCUGUACAACAAAGAGAGCAGGGAGAUGGCAGGGAGCUGUGGGGUCUUAUCGGCCACGGGCUGCAAUCGACCAAGUGGUUACAUGGAGCGCUGGUAUGUGGUCAGCGAGUGCGCUAGGUAGUUCGGCAGGCGCCAAUCCGACCCGUGGGUGCAACGAGUUCGAGUCGACCCAAAUGAUCGGGAUCGUUUACGGAUGGUUCCGACAGGGAAGGAUUACGAAGGAUCCUUUCCUUGGGGCCCCACGCGGCCGCUUAGUUUGUGUACUGGUUAAUCCGCCCGCACUUCACUAUUGUUUGCCUUAAGGCUUACGGCAAAUACAGUUUACAUUUGUUAUUCUAAACUAUGCUAGCAUUAUUGAACAGCAUUACGAAAGAAAAGGAAUGGGAAGGAAAGAAGGAGAAAGGGAGUAAAUAAAUGGGAAGCUAACAAGAGCGGAAGGAAGCGGAGGAGCAGGAAGGGUGAUAGUCGAAGAGGUGAGAUGAGAAGAUGAAAACGGGGAUUGCGUGUAGUAGCGUUUACUGUUCCGAAGCGACGAUGGGUUCUAAACAAAGGGGGACGAGAACGAAGCGAACUGGAGGGAGCAUACAAGAACGGGGAGGACAUACCGGAAGGGAUCAACAUGCAUUUUUUUAAGUCGAUUUUCUUCCUUCUGUAUUGUCCACAUUGUACACAUCAAUCUUAUGAGCUGCGGAUCGUACAAAGCUUCUUCAUCUUUUUCUUAUUUGACACAGUAACCAUUGCUUUUCUGUCUGCGUCAGCCACUCCUUUCUUCUUCUUGGCGCAACGACCUACGCGGUCAUGCCGGAUAGUUAGCCGUUGCUACCAGAGACGGUCCAUACGAGGCUUCAACUCAUGGCGAGCAUGUUGCUAAGCCGUGUGAGUUGACGUGACCUGUUACUAUUUGGUUUACCCCUAGCGAGAUAGGCACUCCUGGGCCACUAGGAUCAAACGGGGCUUGAACGCAGGACGGUCAUGUGGUUGUGCUGUAUUCGGAUAGCACGACAACGAGGGGCAGCCAAAUCUAGCCAAGCCAUCCAUAAAAUGCGUGGACGCUUGGAGCAGCUUUGCGCGUGAAAGGACCGGCUGCAUCACCGGCAUUUGAGGCUCCCGGGGGCCGGUCGCCACAGCCAAUCCCCGAGCGCAGCCGCAGCGCUAUCGACUAUGCAUGCAGCAUACACGCCACUUACGCAUCCUGCGUCAAUCGCCAGGACAGCGACGGGCUAGAACACAACUUUCUAUGCCAUCCUCCAGGCAGCGACAUGGCCGCGCAGCACCAUCCGCAACGAUGAUGCGUCUCCAAAAUAGGCGAGAGAAGGAGCAAGCCAGGCAACGCGAGCGAUGCAUGCGUCAGCCAUGCCGGGGCGGGUCGCUCCUCGCUUACAGCAUCGAGCGAGAGGCGGGGGAGACGUUUCUUUUUCUCUUCCGAACAGUAGACCCCGGUAAUUAGGAUUAAAAGGGUACACCAUGGUGGGUAAAUCCUAACCUUCAAUCCGGCGGGUGGAAGGGAGAGAAGGAGGGAGGGGGUUGGGGGAGAAGGUUGGAGGGUCUUUACAUUGUUAAAGAAAAAAAUAAUAAAAAGACAAUAUGUGUUCAAUGAUAUCCCUCAUUUUAAUAUUUGACCUUCCGUUGACUUUAACUAAGCAUUGGUUGGCUUAACAUGAGCGGACUAGUGGAUUGAAUGAUCUUUUGUUUGCAUUGUUUUUUUUUUACACAAGUACAACUAACUACACUAACAAAUAACAUAAAACCAGUACGAAGCGUGCAUUCAAUCGAUCCGGCAAAUAGCUCGAACGGUAAAUCGAUUCCAUCCACACGACAACUUGCGCGUUGAUCAAAUCCAGAUUCGAACGACGGCGCUCUAGCCAACGCGCAAUGCAUCAGCAGCCAAAAAAACGGGAAGGAAAAAAACAAUAACCCCAAGUCAAGCGCGCUCACACAAGGUCAAGCAUUCGCCAAUAACUGCUGGGAAAACGAAGGAGGUGGGGAAGGACGUCACUGAAAACGCGUAUGAUCUGGUAGAACGGAUAAAGAAGACAGCAGAUAAGCGAUAUCACUCCCACCACCAUCAUAUGAACAGCUUGUGUGAUCGCAACUACCGACCAGGAAGGAGUAAGGGGGAGGGCAAGAUUCAUUUUUUCUAGCCAUCCAUAAAAUUUAUUUUUUGUGGCUGCUAUUCCAUACAACAACCCUGGGAAAUCCGCCACAAUUUUUGCCAUAAAACUCGUCUAAAAAAAUUCGCUUGGUCGAGUAACCUCUUAAACCGGACGUCGUGUGGACGUCGGGUGGACGUCCACACGACGUCCACACGACGUCCGAAAUCUUCAAUUUUGCGGCUAGGGUAGCUUUGUGUACAGUCCCUGCCUAACUAGCCCGUUAAACAUUUUGGUCGGUAGUUCUAGGUGUGGGCACCAGAUGGUGCUCUAGUCGCUACACUGUCUUUUCUGGGUUGCGGUUCCACUGUAAUUGUGAGGUAGAGGUGUAAACAACUAUAUACUUAAAUAUGAUUAGUAAUCAACUGAACUGCCACUAAGGAACCUACUGUAUCCCGCAUGUAUAAUUCAGAUCAAAGGGUAAACCUUGUGCAAUUUACACAUGACAAGAAUAGGUACACAUUACAGCGCUUUUGAUGUAUCAAAUGUCUUUCACUGGGACACAUUCUCACACUGAAUAAUAAAAUAUACUUGCACAGUGUUGUGCACGUUAAAAUCAUCGCAAGUCACCACGACCAUAUCAUUCGUACCGCACCUAACGAUCAGUGAACAGUUUUAAGGUGUUUCGCCUUGUGACAUGUCUCAGCUCAAUGAAUUUCCGGCCUAUCAAUUCCGAUUGAUUCGUUUCUGUGGUGUCGUGGAACAACCAUCCUUAAAAAACAAUGUGCGAUGUUUGUUUGCAUUUAUUCUCCUUUGCUCCUUUGGACCACUUCAUGUAUGGUAUCUCGCUAAAACUCCUGUGUUGGAUCUGGUGGUAACGUGUGAAGAGAUCAUGCUCAUUCAACUGUGCUUUGUUAUGCUACUCAAGUUUAAUUUGUUCAUAACCUAUCGUUCUGGAAUGUAUAAUUUAGUAGAAGCGUUCAAACGCAUUCUGAAGUGUAUCGACAAAGCUGAGUUUGCACGGUUUGUGAAAUGCAGCGAACUGCAUGCAAAAUUGCUGAGGGCUUACGUGAUCGGUACAUCUAUAGUGCUGUUAUUGUACGAGCUGAACGCAAUAGUUGCUAGCAUUACGCUAUCCCUGCAACAGAACAAGGUUUGUUUUGUGACACCAUUCAGCUUCCCAUUUGACUAUCAACAUCCGUUCGUGUUUGCUCUUACUUUUUUACACAACUUUGAUGCAAUGCUGGUAACCGUGUGCACGAGCGUUACGGUUGACUCGUGUUUCUCCGAGAUGGCCAGUAAUCUUACUAUACAUUUCGAUAUCGUGCGAGAACGGUUUGAAAAACUCGAUCUUUCCGCUGCUCAACCGUAUGCCGAACACCAGUUAAGAAAUGUAAUCACCUAUCACCGCGAAGUGUUGUCGUUGGCGCAAAAGAUGGUACAACUUUACCAACAGUCGGCGUUUUAUUUGCUGCUGUUAGUAUCUACAAUACUGUGUCUGUUGGGCUAUGAGUUUGUAAUGGUAAGCAACAUUUACAAGCGAAUGCAAGUUGCAAUAUUGGCUUCUAUUAUGAUUGGGCAAGCUGCUAUUUAUACCUACCACGGGUCAGCUAUCAGCGCCAAAAGUGUAUCCGUUGCUGAUGCAAUUUAUGGAACAAACUGGUAUGAUGCUCCUUUAGCCGUUAAAAAGCUGGUAUAUAUCUGCUUGAUGCGAGCUCAAAAGCCUGUCAUUAUGAAGAGUGGCUUCAUAGAAGCAUCCUUGCCGACACUGAAAAAGAUUCUUAGUUCCAGUGCAUCGUACAUAACUAUGCUUAUGUCGCUUGAGGCUGACUUGAACGAGAAAAAAACUUGAAACACAAGUCAUAUGAAAUUUUUUAUAU